AUGAAGACAUUAGGCUUGAAGGCCGCGGUUGCGCAGCAGACACCUGCUGUGACUCGUCAAUACAAGGCUUUCCUUCGCACGGUCCGUCAGCAGGACCACAUCAAGCUGAUGAAAGAAGCGGGCCGUGGUAACGUGUUGGAUGGCAUUGAUACCACUAAGCCAGGAGAGCUCGCGGUUGCGUGCCUGGCCUGUCCUCAUCCCGGUAUCAAUCUUCCUUCCGGUUGGGAGGAAACCGACGUGUCUCGCAAGUUUUUGUAUUGUCUUUUCCUUGCGAUGGACACCAAUUUUCGACUGAAGAAUCGCAACCGUGGGGAGUCUGCCACUGACGUUGAGCUCCACAACGGUCUAGCGUACUUCGUCAAAACAGGUCCAUAUAUGGACUACAUUCAUUGUACCAAGGCCCAAAGAGACAUUUCAACAUGUUUGGGAUUUCGCUUGCUCUCCAGCGCCGAGACAAAAUUCUACCACGGACUUCGAGCAACGGGCGUAGGGAUGGUCAUAUGCGCUCGCCACGAGUUAAUCUGUGUGUUAGGGGUCGGUGAUUUACAAGCUGGAGAGCGAUACCCUAAUAUGGACUACAUCUUUUUCUCGACAAUGGCAAUUGUCUUCCUCCUCCUUGUCGUAAUAUCAUACGACAUCGCCUGUCAACGGAGGAUCAAUCUAUUCAAGCAAAUGGACUCACUACCUCUCGAUAUGCAGAUGUCGGUAAUGACGCUUGCCGACAUCCUUAUGUUUGGUAUACCCAAGUUCCAUGGGCCGGGUCACAACAAAAAGUGCGCUACACAAUAUUCUCUUAACCUUAUGUGGGGUGCAGGGCGCACAGAUGGAGAGGGAAUCGAGCGACGGUGGGGGGACCUUGGCAGAGCGAUCACGAUGACAAAGGAGAUGUCACCAGGCGCUCGACAUGACACGCUCGACAUGCUUUUUUCUUUGCAUAAUCCAUUGAAGUACUACAUGCUGGGUGUAUCUCUCCGAGCACGCCUGCUCGUGGCGCUUGAUCAUCGGGCAUUCCAGCAGAAGGCGCUCGCCACCUUCAGCGCCUCUAUCAAUUCAGAAAAUUGA